ACUUAAAACGCGGUAAACCCAAAAGCAGAAAACAUUGGCGACACCGCUAUGAUUCGUCGAUACGGAAAAGGCAUUUCCUUCGUUUUACUAAAUCUUAUAUUAUCAGAAAGACCGAUUUGGUGCAUCUCAAAUGGGGCCCAGUUCCUUGAAGAAUAUGGCAAUACUACUCAAUCGUAUGAUUCCUUCGAAAGUCACAACAGUGAUGAAACGUUCACAAUCAAUACUGUGGGCUGUGUCAUUCCGGCGGUUGGCAUGCAAAGUUUACCCAUAAGAAAAUACAUGUAUGCACCAACAUUUCGUGGUAGACCAUGUAAAAACCAUAAUUAUCGUUUGUUGGAAAGUAAUCAAACACACAUAUGGAUAGCAAAAAAAAAAUUAGAAUACUAUAAUAUAACACACGAUUCAGUUUUUGAUUGUUGCUACGAGUCCUUCCAUCGCCCCAGAACCGCAAGAAAUAUAUCUUCCGCACAGGUUGACAGCCGAGUUCAAUAUCUUAGAUGUAUUAUGUUUCGUGACAUCAUAGAAGUGAGCAAUGAAUUCGUAAAAGUUAGUUGUGUUCAUAACAAUAAAGAAAUAUAUGAGCAAUACUUUACCUUUACACCGAAAAAAGAGUUUACAUUGAAUAGAAAACUGCCAUUCAAGACUGCAAAUAAAACAAUGUAUAACAUUAUAAUAAUGGGAAUUGGAUCCGUAUCUAGGCAGAACUUUUACCGCACAAUGCCGAAUACUUUGCAAUUGUUGAAAAAACUCAACGCAAUUGAAUUAAAAGGCUACAACACAGUAGCAGAUGACACUUUUCGCAACAUGAUACCUGUUCUAGUCGGCAUGAAUAACUCGGAGCUUAAAACAACUUGCUGGACAGCCAGGUGGCCUACGCUGGACAGCUGUCCUUUCAUAUGGGAAAGAUUUAAAGAUGUGGGAUAUUACACCGCGCUAGUGGAGGAUACUUCCAGAUUCGGUAUGUUCAAUUAUAGAAAAUCUGGUUUUAGAGGCCGCCCUACCGACUACUACUUACAUCCUUUCAUACAUGAGACUGAAAAUCUAAACAAAUAUAACCAAAACCUAUCCGCUUGUAUGGGAGAUAAAUACUAUUUUGAAGUUCUUCUAAAUUAUGUUCGAAAACUAACUACGACACUGAAAAAUUCUAAGUUAUUUGGCCUUUUUUGGGAAACAUCUAUGUCACACUACAAUUUAGUGGAUCCCAUUAUAAUGGAUGCAGCUUAUGUUAAAUUAAUAAAAGAAAAGGAAAAGGAUGGAUAUUUAAAUGACACAAUAUUGAUCUUUCUAAGUGAUCAUGGUUUGGAUAUUGGAGGUAUACGUUUCACAAAACAAGGUCAGAUAGAGCAGAGGCUUCCUUUCGUCUUUAUAGUGGUGCCACCUUCAUUUCGGAAACAGUAUAGAUUUGCAUAUCAUAAUUUAAAAGUUAAUAAAGGACGCCUAACAACUCCGUUUGAUAUACAUAAAACGUUAAUAGAUCUUAUUGAGAUGGAAGCUCUAACUGAAAGAGAAAUAUUAAGAAGAAGUACUGAGUACUAUACGCACGACAGAGGUAUCAGCCUGUUUUUAAAGAUUCCUAGAAACAGAACGUGUCAAAUGGCUGGCAUCAAUGACAAAUGGUGCUCCUGCUAUGAUGAUAUACAGCUGUCACCUAGCAACCCUAUACUUACAGCUGCAGUUAAAUAUUUGGCUAUUCAAACAAACGAGAUGUUGGAGCCUUAUCCAGAAUGCCUGAAGCUCGUAGUAGACGAUAUUAUCAUAGCGAAGGAGCUGGUGCCGGCGUAUGACAGAAGCGCCGAGUGGCGGGAUUUCAAUGUCAUCGUGCGUAUGGUGCCGGGAGGUGGGAUUUUUGACACAAUGUUACGAUACUACAAUCAGACUUUUACACUUAUAAAUCGCAUGAAACGCCUCAAUUUUCCUGGAUUUCGAAGCUUAUGUAUUGAAGAUCCCAAUUUAAGAUUAUUUUGUUUUUGUAGAUAA